GGGGUCGUUGCGACACUUUUACGACGCCCGGGAGGGCGGCGUUUACGGCAGUGGGCGGUCGCUAGGGAACGAGGCCUGUAGUGGGGGGGGGGGGCGGUGCGUCCUUUGGGCCUGCUGGUCUACCUGCCCUGCCCUGGCCCUUAGGCAGGAUGGCCUCUGCCACCCUCGGGAAGGGGUUGCCGGUGCCCACCGUGCCCCUGGCCAAUGGCUUAAACAUCCCCAUCCUGGGGCUGGGUACUUCCCACGUGGGUGGCUAUUCCCAUGAUGCAGUAAUAUAUGCCCUGAAAGAAUGUGGCAUUCGUCAUAUUGAUACAGCCAAGAGGUAUGGGUGUGAAUUGCUCCUGGGGAAGGCCAUCCAGGAAAGCGGUGUGAAGCGGGAGGAACUGUGGAUCACUACGAAGCUGUGGCUCACGGAUUACGGCUAUGAGAGUGCUAAGCAGUCCUGCCUGGAAUCCUGCAACAGGCUCGGCGUAGAGUAUCUAGAUCUGUUCUUGAUCCAUUGGCCUGAUGCACAGCUUCCCGGGAAGAGCAGCCGAGAGGCCCGAGCAGAGACCUGGAGAGCCAUGGAAGAGCUGUAUGAUCAAGGUAUAUGCCGGUCCAUUGGUGUAAGUAACUUCCUUAUUAAUCAUCUGGAGCAACUAAAGGAAGAUUGUGAUGUAACACCACAUGUCAACCAGGUUGAAUAUCAUCCUUUCCAAAGACCUCAAGAGCUAUUGGAUUACUGUCGAAAGAGAAACAUUGUUUUUGAAGGCUACUCCCCUCUGGCGAAAGGGGAGGUGCUGACUCACCCUCACGUUGUCCGGCUGGCGAGGAAGUACGGCAAAACUCCUGCCCAAAUCUGCAUUCGCUGGAGCAUCCAGAAUGGGGUCGUCACUAUUCCAAAAUCUACCAAGCCCAAAAGAUUAAAGGAAAACUGUGAGGUGUUUGAUUUAUCUCUAGCAGAAGAUGAUGUUUCAGUUUUGAACAGUAUGCAUGAUGGACGGCACGUUUCCUGGGAUCCAAGUUUUAUUUUGUAGAUUGCAAGUAUUAAACUUUUCCCUAUGCCAAUAUGAACUCUGCAGCAAUGUGCCUUAAUUUUCACAAUCUAAAAAUCACUAUUUGAAAUGCGGUAGGUUUAUUCAUAAAAUACAAUAUCCCAAACUAAAAUUUCUUAAGGAUGUUCUUAUGAAAAAUCUGAAAUGUCAAUAAAAUCUAAUUUUCUGGUGGUUGAAUGA